AGUUACAUUUUACCGCAGUGGGAAGCAUUUCGCGAGAGUUUUGGCCGUUCAAAUUCUUUAUUACACAGACUCAACCAUCGUACUGAGCUGGCUAAAUUUGGACCCAGCUACUCUUAAAAUCUUCGUAGCCAACAGAGUAAGCCACAUUCAAUCCUACAGCAACAUCGAGGAUUGGAAUCACGUAAGAUCGGAAGAGAAUCCUGCCGACAUGCUAUCCAGAGGAAUGUCGGGUAAGGAGUUAAUUGAUAAUAAAUUUUGGUUUUCUGGUCCGCAUUUUUUAGAACAAAAGAAAAUUGAAAUUGAAAACUUUAAGGUAGACAAAAAUGAUGGUAUUCCAGAAUUAAAAAGUAUAAAAAAAGUGGGGGUACUAAUAAACAAAGAUUCCCUGUGGGACAAAAUAAAUCAUAAAAGUGACUUCAAUUACCUUCAGAAUGUAAUUGCUCAGAUUUACAAAUUUACUCAACUCUGCAAGAAAACAGAGUUGCUUUCCUGGGGAGAAUAUAGAAAAAUAGCCUUGAAUGUAAUUAUUAAAAAUGUCCAAGGUAAACAUUUUAAGGAGGAAAUAAAAAGUUUACAAAAGGGUAAAGUAGUAACCUCAAAUUCAAAAUUAUCCACACUGUCUCCUUUCCUAGAUAAUGACGGAUUAAUAAGAGUAGGAGGUAGAAUAGAAAACAGCAAGCUGUCCUUUGAAGCAAAGCAUCCGUUUCUACUUCCGUAUGGAGACAAAUAUGUAGAACUGAUGAUAAAAGGCCUUCACAUUAAACAUUUACAUGUAGGACCUCAGGGAUUACUAGCAAUUAUAAGGCAAAAAUACUGGCCAUUGCGUGGUAAACAAUUGACCACAAAAAUAGUAAGGCUGUGCUACAGAUGUUUUAAGGUUGAACCAAGGGCACUACACCAAUUGAUGGGAAAUUUACCAGAAGACAGGGUAAUUAAAACUAGGCCAUUUUUAAAUGUAGGAAUUGACUUCCUAGGCCCAAUACAUAUUCACCAUAAAAUUAGAGGGAAAAGGUUCGACAAAUCUUAUAUAUGUGUAUUUGUUUGUUUUGCAACAAAAGCAGUACAUUUGGAAGUCGCAUCGGACCUUAGCUCUGCAGCAUUUUUAGGUGCCUUGAAGCGUUUUGUAGCCAGGCGAAGUUGCCCUAUAAAAAUAUAUUCUGAUAACGGCACCAAUUUCAUUGGAGCAGCAAAUAGUCUAAACGAAAUUUACAAAAUGUUUAAAAAUAAAACUCAUACCGAGGAAUUAGAAAGGUUUUGUGGAGAAAGGCAGAUUAAAUGGAUAAAUAUACCAGCUAAAUCGCCACACAUGGGCGGAUUAUGGGAAGCCGCGGUGAAAAGCGUGAAAAAGCACUUCUUUAGAGUAACCGAAGGCACAAUGACAUUCGAAGAGUUAAAUACCCUGAUGGCACAAAUCGAGGCAAUACUGAAUUCAAGACCUUUAAUUCCUUGCUCUAAUGACCCAAAUGACCUGAACAUUAUAACUCCUGGACAUUUCAUAAUAGGAGAACCAAUGGUAACAAUUGUUGACAACUGUGACAACAAAUGUUAUCAAGGGCUGAGGGACCACUGGAAGGCAGUGGAAAAGAAUAGUCUAGAAUUUUGGAAAAUAUGGUCUAAUGAAUACCUAAACGAGUUACAAAGAAGGUAUAAAUGGAAAAACCCCGCGGAAAAUAUUAUAACUGACACUCUUGUACUUCUGAAAGAAGACAAUGUCCCUCCAAUGAAUUGGAGGAGGGGAAGAGUAGAGAAAGUAAUUCUCGGAAAGGACGGAAGGUGUAGAAUGGUAGAAGUACGGACCAGUAAUGGCGUGUCGACGAGAGCGAUACACAAUAUUUGUCCGUUUCCUACAGAAGAAAAAGAUGUAGCAGAAAAAAAAUAUACUUUAAAGAAAGAUUACACAAAAAAUCAAAAUAGGAAGCCAAACAAAAUAAAAAAUAAAAAUUGUUUAUUGACUAUACUCACAUUCUUGUUAAUUUUGCCCAGUAUUAACUCAGAAAAUGUACUAAUAGAGAGAUUUAGAGAUAAGUCAGGUAUUUUAUUCGAGCCAAGGGGAACAAUCGGGUUGACGAAGACAGCCUGGAACGUAAUAGUAUAUGUCAACCUGGAGGAUUAUCGGCAGUACAAACACACCGUUGACGCGGCUAUGGAGGAGUUGGAAAAAAUAAAGAAUUCCACAACUGACGACUUCUAUCACUCAGAACCCAUCCGGGAAUUAGAGGUUAAAUACACAAGGAUACCGAGGAAACAUCAGAUAAUAAUCCUAAAUAAAUCAGUGAAGAGGCAGAGACUGCAAAGAUCAGCACCGUUGUCCUUUAUUGGAAGCAUGAUGCACGCUUUAUAUGGGGUAUUAGAUGAAGAUCACGCUGAGGAGCUAUCGCAGAAAAUCGAAAAAAGCUACCAAAAUGAAAAAUAUUUAGCUGAGCUUUACCUAAAUCAAUCAUCGAUUCAAGACAGGACCGUGGAUGUAAUGAAACAAGAAAACGAAGUGAUUUGGAAAAAUUUUAAAUUCCUUAACAAUUCCAUUCGCACGUUUAAAAACGCAAUAAACAAGAACAUAUAUCAAGAAACAACUAUGAGCGUGAUAACUACUGCAUUAAUUGCUAUCUCGUCCUUUGAAGAGCUGCAGCAAGAUAUUAUUGGAAUGAUUUGGAGUUCCAAAGGAAAUUUUCUUGAAAAUGUAUUACCGCUACAUAAAUUUCAAGAGCAGAUAACGUUGAUUAAAACUCAAUUAAAUCAACAUUUGAUGCUUCCAGAAACGGACCCAAUUGAGCUGGCGAAAAUAGCAAGAACAAGCACUAGAACGACAGAAAAAACGCUAAUAUUCAACAUUAGAAUUCCGCUAUUGAACAAAGAAAGCCUGCAACUGUAUUCAGUAUUGACAUACCCAGUAAGCCAUUCUGAAUAUUUCGUGAAUAUUCUAACUGCGUUUAAGUACAUUAUUAUCGACGAUAGAAAAUCGAUGUACUAUGGGUUAGCAGAUAGUAGUUUCGAUCAUUGCGAGAAAAUGGCGAAACUGAUAUUAUGUCCGCAAAUACAUCCUAUGUACAAUACAGGAAAGGAUGCCGAGUGUGAAGUACAGCUAUUCACAAACCAAAGAGAAGUUGCUAAAACCUGCAUACUGAAUGUUCUGCCACGAAAAGAUUAUUGGAGUCAAAUGCAUUCCGAAAACACAUGGUUGUUUUCAAUAGCUAAUGAAGUUUCAGCUGAAGUUACGUGCCAUGGCCAGAGAUCAAAUGUUAAUAUAAAUGGCCAAGGGAUUUUACGUUUGAAACCAAAUUGCUUCUUGAGGACUGCGAACAUAAAUAUAUGGGUAUACGAAACGUACACAUCAAAUGCAACCUAUUUCAUACCAAACGUUAAUUUAUCUCAACAACUACCAGGUUUUGAGAAACUGCAAAUAAGAGGAGAAAUGGAGUCCUUUAAAAUAGAAAAUAUCCCAAGAUCGCGAGGAGUAAUGGGAUUCCCAGUCGACUUUGAAUUCCAUCACUUGAUGCACUACACUUCGAGCAACCUAUCUUGGAUCGUAAUUGCCGUCGUUAUUGUAGCUGCUAUAAUCAUCGCCAAAAAGCUGUGGCGAAUAUCAUCAACGCGUAUACCCAACAUGAUUGUUCUCCCGCGCAUAACUUAGAUAUUUUUUAGUUUAACGUAAGUAAAUGAAUAUGUAUUAAAAACUCCUACUUCCCGCUUUAGUUGUACGAGAUUAAAACAUAUACAUACAUAUGAACUUCUUUCAACCACAAAAUACAUUUGUUUACCUUUUAAAAUUUUUUUUGCAUUCGAUCCUUUUUCGAGACAUCUUAAGUUAACUUAUCAGAUAAGCAAUGCGUUUUGGUUUGUUACUAAUUAAAUAAUUUUCUGAAAUUCAUUGUUGAAAGACUGAAGCCUUUCAACGCGG